GGAAAGAGAGAGAGCAAGAGAAUGUUGAACUUUAAGUGUUCACAUGGAGCUUUUUAUACACACCACUGUAGUGUUGAAGUGCUGCAAUGAAGCAGUGGGGUAACAUAUAAUUUCUUUGUCACUGUAACCGAAAAGUACAUUCCAACAUUUUGUUUUAGCUCUAUAUGGACACAGAAGUGUUUUGUGGAAGGUUUUAUCCCUUUUUGUGAUUGGAAUUGAUCCUCAUGUAUGAGCUUUGUCUGUGCUACCAGACAGUGGCAAGGAGAGAGCGGAGGCGCUCCCCCUCUGUGACCACCGGCAGUGGGGAAAGAGAAAGAGAGAAAAAGAGCCAGCACUCUCCUCAGGACAAAACAAAGAUGGAGAUGGUGCGAGUGAGGAAGAAAAGAGCUAAGAAACUUGAGGGUGAAACUAUUUAUAUCAGGCAUAGCAAUUUAAUGUUGGAGGACCUGGAUAAGACCCAAACUGAGAUCAUGCGUCACCACACUAGCAUCAGUGAGCUGAAGAGAAGUUUCAUGGAGUCUGUACCGGAGCCUCGGCCCAGUGAGUGGGACAAGCGUCUUUCCACCAAUUCACCUUUUCGUACAGCAAGCAUCAAUGGCCAGCUCCAACCAGCGUCUCCGGUGCUAAAGACCCAGACAAUCACCAUCUCAGAUGUCACCAACUCCCUGAGAGGAACUGUGACCUACAAGGACAUGCCCCUAGUUCACACUGAGACCAAGACCAUUACAUACGAAUCAGCACAGGUGUCUCUCCCACAGCCGGUGGACAACCUGGCAGAGAGGGACUCAGGAGUGCUGCUGAGUGCCCAAACCAUCACCUCUGAGACCAUCAGCACCACCACAACCACCCAGAUCACCAAGACGGUGAAAGGAGGGAUCUCUGAGACUCGCAUUGAGAAGAGAAUCGUCAUCACUGGAGACACUGAAAUUGAUCAUGACAAGGCUUUGGCCCAGGCCAUUAAAGAAGCAAAAGAGCAGCACCCAGAUAUGUCUGUUACCAAAGUGGUUGUACACCAGGAAACAGAGAUCAGCCCAGAGUAAGAUAGACUGCGCUUUUGGAAGACCUCUCGACUGCCCACACUUCUCCCUCCUUACUUGUGUCCCCAUCACACCAUUUUACCUCAGCACCCCCAGCCAUUACACCCAAAUGCACUGCCUUUUCGACAUGAACCACCAGACCACAUCAGAGGGAACAAGCAUCAACACUGAACUAAGAACUUUAACCUCCAUGAGUAUGGAGUUCAGCAUGAAGGAGACAGAGUCACCAGAAAAUUCCCAAGAACCCUCCCAGUAUUCCCCACAA